AUGCGGGCUUCUCCUCUCUGCCACUAUGACUCAUUUACAUCUUUGCGUGGGAACGUCGCGUCACUCUUCGCACCGUUGAAGAGUCCCGAAUCCGUGCGUCGCGAGGUUCAUCAAUACGUCUGCCACGUCCCGUGGCGUUACAAGGGUGUUCCGCGGCAACGAGGGAGUUGGAUGCGUGGCACUCUUAACCUCGUCUUUGGGGAGGCGCGGCGGCGUGGAAGUUACACCGUUGCACGGGCUGCAGUAGAGGUGGCUCUUGCACAACAGCAGCAGCUGCAGUUGACGAUAGAGCCGUCGUGGGUCAAGAAUGCGCUUGCGGCCUGCCGCACCGCGGAGGAAAUGCGUGAGAUGGAAACACUGCUCGCACGGCAUCGUCGGCUAGUUGGAGGUGGGGUGGGUGAGGCAGGUCACGAAUUGACUUCCGCAACGCAACGCGACGACGCACUGCUGCCUCAAUCGCUGCAGGAUGACGUGGGUGAGCCACGCGACACCACCCUGCUUGCCGCUGGUUACAGUAACGUGGUGCUGGCAACGUUGCGCCAGAAGCGAGAUCACGUGGUGGCUGCGCCAAAUGCUUCAUUUUCGCGUUAUUUUGUGCGUCAGGGACUUGUGGAGGAUGAGGCGGAGCUGAUGGAACUGUUUAAGGCUCUGCGCGGGCGCCAGCCAGUGGGGUUCCGUGUACUCACCUCACAGAUGUACGGAAAAGUGGUGGAGGGUCUUUUGCGUGGUCGUCCCGGCAUAGAACCCUUGUCCUGGCUUCCACCCAUGUGUGGUGCCUUCGUCAUGUCGGAUACACCAGACAUCCCACACAAUAUACUUCUUUCCAACAGACAACUGCUUCGGGCGCUUGCAAACGAACGACUUAUUUCUUUUCAAUCCACCUCAAGUAUGCUGCCAGUGUUGCUCCUCGAUCCGCGUCCUGGGGAGUCCGUGUUGGAUUUGUGUGCUUCACCUGGUAAUAAAGCAGCUCUUAUUCUUGACUACAUGACUGGCCUCUCGUCGUCCUCCGUGUUGUCCUCGGAGAGUGGCUGCAUUGUAGCGAAUGAUGCCAUAUUUUCCCGCAGACACGCACUCGCACAGCGACUGCAGAGUGUUUCGCCGAAUAUAGCUGUGACACAGAUACAAGGACAACACUUCCCUGUACAGCCCGUUGCAACGGGUGGGGUUCAAUACGAUAAGGUGUUGGUGGAUGCUCCUUGUUCCGGAGAGGGCCGCAUGCAUAAGGAUGUCAUGUCGUGGCGAAUGUGGCAUCCUUUGAAAGCUGUGGAAUUUUUUGCCACUCAGGUGGCGCUACUGCGACGCGCAGUGGAGUUGUGCGCUGCAGGAGGGUGCAUCGUCUACUCGACAUGCACCCUCAACCCUCUGGAAAAUGAGGCGGUAGUAUCAACAGUGUUAGCGGAUGGUGGAGUGGAGCUGGUGCGCCCACCACGUUCCAUGACGGCGAAUAGUGGCUGGCACUUUGGUCGAGGUUUGCCACGAUGGCUUGUUCCGUCACGCGCGGGAGGCUUUUUGCAUACCUUUGCAGAGGCAGAAGCGAAGGGGGAGAAGACGACAGUAGAACUUUUUCCACCUGAUGGGAAUGCAAAAGUUCAAGCGGCACUCGAAGCUUGCUGUUUGCGUGUUUUACCACAUCGCAAUGGCGGUGCGGAGGGCUUCUUCCUCGCCGCCCUGCGCAAGGUGAGGCACGGCAACUCGGCACGUUUUUUGUCUCCACCUCCAAAAGUCACCGUGAGUGGCGAGACAGCAGCUAUUUCUGGCGGUCAACUGGUGGGAGACUCUGUUCUGCAUGCCUGCGGUGUUGUGCGACUCUCGCCGGGGAACAUGUUGCUGCGGCAACAUCUUGGCGUGUUUUUCAAUGACAGUGCGACGCAGAUGGAAGCAUUUUUGACCAAAUGUGGCCUCUGCGCCGCUUGGAGGGAAAAUCGGGGACUUCUGCUUAUUUCGGAGAGCAGUUGGGCUCAUAUGAGGGCUAUUUCCUCCACCACUGUGAUGCCGUCCUUGUCGUCUCCGUCUUCAGCUGCUGCGUUGCUGGAGGUGGGGAUUGUUGUGAUUGACGCUGCGACAGGCGGCUUGACGGAGAGUGGUGCAUUUUAUCUACGACCACAUGCGACCUCGCGCGUGUUGCCGAUUCCGUUCUCAGAGAUGCAGUGGUUACUGUCCCACCAGGUACUGAAGCUGUCUGAACUACAGGAGGACCCUAAACUGGUGGCGCGGCGAAUUGUGGGAAACAUGACACGCCUGAACGAGGAAGCUGAGAUGGCGCAGUGUCAGACACCACUGCAGUGGGUGGCCCACGCCUUUGCGGUUAUCGGUUCACGUGAGGGGAACUUUAUUGUGAGUUGUCUGCCUCCUUCCGCGCCCACCGAGUUGCACACAGACGUGCAUGCGGCUGGCCUUGCGUCUCUUAGCAUUCCCGUGCUUCUGCGUCGAUCCUCAGCAGGCGUGGAGCUGCAUCUAUCUCUUUCACAGGAUGCACGUCAGCGGUGCCUGGCGGUUAUUGGCCGUGUCCUUGCCCACAAUCGACGGACCGGGGCGACCGCGGCGGCGGCGGCGGCGUUGGAGCAGGAACACAUGCAAAUGGGUGUGCAGUACAACACGAGCAGGACGAUGGACAGUGCAGGGUUGGAGGGUCGACCACUGACGGCGCAGCGACAGCACCGACGCCUAUACCUGUCGACUUCCUUCGUGCCUUCCACGUCGUCGCCACCCCUGCACACGGUUGCUGCGACCAGCCCGACCGGUGCGCCCCACAAUGACAGUAUCAGGCGUGUUGGUGCGAAUGACGGUGAAAACCAAAAGUAUUUGCGCCCUGCGCGAUGCUUUGAAAUUUAA